AUGGCUUCUUUAUGGCUAUGGAUGGUGCCUUCGUAUGGUUACGUAAGGUAUAUCAUGAUUGAGGCACGACGACAAGUCACUCGAGACCUGGAGUUUUCGAUAGAGCCCAUGGUUCUAGCAAGCUUCAUAAAUCCUUGUGUGGAGAAGGACACACGUUUCAACCCGACCAUUCACCAGAAUAGUUUUACCUCUGGUGAUGACAGCGCACGUUCCAAGAGUGAUCGAUCGACAAAGCUAUGUCAUUCCGCCGCGAGCCGACAACGUGCCGCUCAUAAAAGUUUAAACUGCGUGCUUCCUUUGAUGAACCGCUCCACGUCACAGAAACAAAUACUACAUGUAAUCAUCGUUUUGGAUCUUCCGUCCUCUUUCCCGCUUACACUCUCUCAACUUCGUUUCUUACUGCCCGUUCCAAGACAUGAUUGUCUCGCAAGACUGCCGAGUGAGUCCGUUGGAAAUUCUAGACGAUCCACUUUCUUGAGAAGAACAGGAUACACUAAAUCAUCGUUCCAUCAUUCACCACUUCCCCUCCAUGUCCAUACAAGAUCAUACAAGAAGCAAAUUUCUAAACAGACCCCACCAAAAAUGAAUCUCAACAAACGCCACUCCCAACUCGGCUCCUCCAACGACAAUCCAACUCCCAUCCCAAACGCAAAAAAGCCCAAAAGUCGACCACCCCGAGGAUGGCGCGACACACUCCUCAUCCCAGGCCGCUCCCUACMCUCCUACACAGGCCCUUAUGCCGUAGGAACAAUGGAACUCGAAAUCCCCGCCACAAAUCCCCGUCCCUUUUCCCACAUCACGCGUCAAAAGAAACACGUCCUCCAACUCGAAACAGUCCUAAUGACAAUCUACUACCCGGUCUCUCUAGAUUCCUCCUCCUCCUCCUCCGACCAACUUCCAAAAUCCAAGAAAAGUGGACGUCCGUCUAGAGAACUCUGGCUUGGAAGACCUCGUUUGGGAAUCGCGGACGGAUAUGGGAAAUUCGCCGGGGUGGGAAGUUUCGCUUUGCCGGUUUUUUUACCGACUAUGUGGACCAAAUUACCUGCGUGGAGAAAUGCUUCGGUGGCGAAAUUUUGGGCGCCGGAAGUGGAUGCGAAGGUUGAAGGAAUGCCUGCUGCUGAAGAGGAGGAACAAGGUGAAUGUCCCGCUGGUGUGGAUGAGGAGCCUGUGUUUCCGAUGAUUUUGUUCAGUCAUGGUUUGGGGGGUACGAGGACGAUGUAUAGCAGUGUUUGUGGGGAAUUCGCAAGUCAUGGAUUCGUGGUUGUUGCUGUGGAGCAUCGGGAUGGGAGUGGUCCGAGGACGUUUGUGAAUCAUCGUMCCAAAGAAGAAGGGGAAGGGGAUGCUGUGAACGUCGAUCAUAGUGAGGAAGWGAGACGGCAAGGUUUUCAUGAGGUGGAUUAUCUCUUUCCCAAAGGAAACCAUUUCGACACCUCUCCCAACAAUACCAAGGGGGUCGACAGAGAGCUCCGUGGCGCACAGAUCGAUCUUCGCAUGGCCGAACUUGAAGAGGCGUAUUCCAUCAUGUGUGACAUCCACGCUGGUAGAGGUCAAUCUAUCGCUGAUAAAAAUCUUCGAAAGAAGGGCUACAAAGGCGCCAGUCGACAUGGUCUGGAAGGAAUAGAUUGRACCCGCUGGCGAAAUCGCUUCCAUCUCGACCACGUAACAGCUUGUGGCCAUUCCUUCGGCGCAGCGACAUGUAUUGAAAUGCUUCGACACGGCGACCGCUUCAACUAUCUCUCUCAAGGAAUCAUCUACGAUAUCUGGGGCGCAGGAACCAAUCCUGCGGAUGAAGAGGCCCCGCAACAUCGAAUACAGGCGCCGAUCAUUGCCAUCAACUCCGAGGCAUUCACCUACUGGCCCAGCAACUUCCAACUCGUUGAGUCGCUCAUCAAAGAGGCCGAGAGUGCACCACACCCCUGCCCUGGAUGGCUCCUAACACUCCGGGGAACCGUCCACGUCUCUCAAAGUGAUUUCUCCCUCCUUUACCCGAAUCUAUGUUCAAUAUUCCUCAAACAGCUCGCAAACCCGAAGCGUGCUCUUGAUUUGAACAUCAACGCCUCUUUGGAGUUCCUCAGCAAAGUUCUCCCCAAAGACUUGGCGGAAGUGAACCGCGCGUAUAGCAAUGAGGGAUUGUUGGAUAGUGCAACAAGUCCGCUGGAGAGGAUCGACUCUGCAUUGAUGCAUCGGCCCAAGGAGAAAUAUGUGGCUGCGAGGUUGAGGAUUAGACAUGAGUGGAUCUACCGGGUUUCACCAAAGGCGGCAAGGAAAGUGAAGAGAUGGGAAAAUCAAAAGAGGGGAAGAGCGGAGGAGACGGGAGACGAGGUUUGGUUGCACUGGAAGCCUAGUGAGGAGCGGUUGAGGGAAUGGCUUGAACGGAAAGGAGGCAAGAAGGAGUCUCUUCUUAGUUCUUCGGAGAGCGAGCAGGACUUGGGCGAUGCACAGGAGGGGUGGGCAAAGUCUGGACAUACCUCUGACGAGUGA